CGAUUUUUUGAACAAGAAACGAAAUACGUGAAUCAAAGGCGUACAGCAACACUGUCAAAAAUCUUGCAUUUCUACAAUGCAUCAGUAGACAUUUGCACCACUAAAAUGUAUAAGGUGGCGACGGAGACUCAGGGUUGCAUGGACGCAAUACGAUCCAUAACCAUUUGUAAGUCAUUCGUUGAUACAAUAAAUUCGAUCGAAUAUUCAAUGUCCAGACUUCCAUUUUUAAUGAAAUUGAGCUUUUCGAAAUGGUCUGAUAUCCGGCAGCUGUCUACUAAAUCGUCGAAACUUCAACUGAACAUUACGCCCUGCAAGUCGAGGUUGUUUCACGAUUCAAAAUAUGCUUUGCCCACGGUGGAGUUCUCGAUUGCGCGCACGACUCUGCAGUCGACCAGUUCCGGUGGAACUUCGUGGGCGUUGUGGGAAAUAAAAGAUGUUGUGACAGAGGCCAUUGACCUCCUCAUAAGAAAUCUUAUGCGACCCAUAACCGAGUUUCGGAACCAGUUACGUGUGAUACACGGUAACCUGCAGGCUGUAUUUUUACUAUCCCACGGCAAACGGAAUACAAGACGGUCUUAACUAUUUCCUUUUAGACAAUUUUCCAUUCGCCUCGUUCGGAGAAUAUUUUGCACUUCAUUACACCCAAAGAC